AUGAAGGUGUACUCUCCAGUGACUCCCGUGCCCACCAUGGCCCCUCUCAACUCCUAUAUGACCUUGAACCCUCUCGGCUCUCCCUACCCUCCAGGAGGGCUUCAAGCCUCCCCGCUGCCCACAGGACCCCUGGCACCCCCGGCCCCGACAGCACCCCUGGGGCCCACCUUCCCAGGCCUGGGUGCCGGUGGCAACAGCGGGAGCGGUGCCGCCAAGCCUCCCUACUCCUACAUCUCUCUCAUCACCAUGGCCAUCCAGCAGGCGCCAGGCAAGAUGCUGACCCUGAGCGAGAUCUACCAAUGGAUCAUGGACCUCUUCCCGUACUACCGGGAGAACCAGCAACGUUGGCAGAACUCCAUCCGCCACUCGCUGUCCUUCAAUGACUGCUUCAGUGGGGAAGAAGUGAGGGGUCUGGAGGGAGCCUCUCCUUCCUCUACGCCCUAUUUCACUGGCCUGGAGCUCCCAGGGGAACUCAAGUUGGAUGCACCCUACAACUUUAACCACCCUUUCUCUAUCAACAACCUGAUGUCGGAACAGACACCAGCACCUUCCAAACUGGAUGUGGGGUUUGGGGGCUACGGGGCUGAGGGUGGGGAGCCAGGGGUCUACUACCAGAACCUGUAUUCCCGCUCUCUGCUUAACGCAUCCUAG